AUGGCCGCCCCUACCGAGGCGCAGAUCGCUCAUCAGCAGCUCAUCGAGAAGCUCGAUAUCCAUUCUACCCACAAGAAGUUUCGCAGCUCAACCUGGAAGCCGAACCAGCGUCGAAACAAGAACCUGAAGGCCAUCGUCGGCGAUGCCUCGCGACGGGAAGCUUCAGCGAUGGGCACGCCCAUGGACGUUAGCGGCAACGCGACCCCGGCCGACGAUGGCCUCUCGACCAGCGGCACCUCAACACCUGCCACCGAGAACGGCAAAGAGCCUCCGAACCUCGCCCAGGCGUCGCGCAGCCUUUCGAAGCUCGUCCUCGAGAAGAGCCUCAAGCCUACGGGUGGCCCUGUCUCGGCUCCCACUGCUACGUACACAAACAUCGAGUCAGCGCCAUCUCUGGCGCACAACAAACACUACUGCGAUGUGACGGGAUUGCCAGCACCCUACCUCGACCCCAAGACGCGACUGAGGUAUCACAACAAGGAGAUCUUUGGUCUCAUCAGAUCUCUACCUCAGGGUGCUGCAGAACAAUUCCUCGAGGCCCGUGGCGCUCACACGGUUCUGAAAUGA